CUGUCAGUGUCCUACAGUUAGCCGUAGCCGUUAGCCUGCUAACUGCUAAUGUGCUCAAGCUAACGUUAGCACGUCAGCCUGACAGCAGAGAGACGUUAGCAUCUUGAGGGAACCCAGAGUCCAGGCUGACAAAUAUCCUCCUGUGGCGACCUGCAAAGAAUGAGGAUGUCUUUGAAUGAAGAGGGUUAUGUGGUUCGAAUCAGAGGACUACCAUGGUCCUGCACGCAGGAGGAGGUUGCCAGUUUCUUCUCUGACUGUGACAUUGUUGGGAAAGUAAACGGAGUGUGUUUCACCUACUCUAAAGAAGGCCGUCCCAGUGGAGAGGCAUUUAUUGAGCUGAAAACGUCAGAGGAUUUCAAGAAUGCCCUCGCCAAGGACCGUAAAUACAUGGGACACCGAUACAUAGAGGUGUUCAAGUCAAACCGUAGUGAGAUGGACUGGGUGCUGAAACGUAGCGGUCCUGCUGACUAUGACAGUUGCAGCGGCUGCAUGCUGCGACUUAGAGGCCUUCCCUUUGGCUGCAGCAAGGAGGAGAUUGUUCAGUUCUUCUCAGGGUUGAGAAUCGUGCCAAAUGGGAUUACUCUGCCAGUGGACUACCAGGGGAGGAGCACAGGGGAAGCCUUCGUGCAGUUUGCCUCAAAGGAGAUAGCAGAAAAGGCUCUGGGGAAACACAAGGAAAGAAUAGGGCACAGGUACAUAGAGAUUUUUAAGAGUAGUCGCAAUGAGAUCCGAGCCUACUAUGAGCUGCCCCGACGGGGAAUGGGUGGUCAGAGACCAGGGCCCUACGAUAGACCCAUGAUGGGGGGUGCCAGAGGAGGGUUUUUUGGGCCCGGGCCUGGCCGCGGAGGGGCUCUGAUGGACACCAUGAGGAGCGGAGGGGGCUAUGGAGGAGGUUACGGUGGCUUUGACAGCUACAACGGCUUCAACAACUACUGUUUUGGCAAUGGCAUGUUUGAUGAGCGAGUGAGAGGAGAGAGGGGAGGAAGAGGGAUGGGAGGACAUGGUUACGGUGGUCAAAGUGAUGUUUGUUCAGGCUUCCACAGUGGCCAUUUUGUCCAUAUGAGGGGUUUACCUUUCCGUGCCACAGAGGGAGAUGUCGCUAAAUUCUUCUCUCCUUUGAAUCCACUGAGGGUCCACAUUGAUGUGGCUCCAAACGGCAAGUCGACUGGAGAGGCAGAUGUGGAGUUUCGCUCCCAUGAAGACGCUGUGGCAGCCAUGUCCAAAGACAAGAACCACAUGCAGCAUCGCUACAUUGAGCUGUUUCUGAACUCAACAGCCAGUGGAGCCGCUGAGAUGAGUCGUGGCGGCAGUGGUUACUACGGUAACUCUGGAGGGGGCGGAGGCUCACGGAGCAGUGGGCUGCGAGGUUCAUACUGAUGAUGUCAUCCCACUUUUCCAAUCCAUCCUGACCGUUUGUCUCGAGUCUCUUCAGGCCACAUUCACUCGAUUACUUUUUCUAAGCAGGAGAGCUGAUCUGAGGUCAGUCGUUUUUAUCGUGAAGUUGUACUAAAACUUCACCUCUGAUACUAAAAUAGACCAAAUACGACCUGAACAAGCACUAUUAUUAUUAUUAUUAUUAUUAUUAUUAUUAUUACACCAUUCCUAAAAGCAUUUGAAGAACAAAACAGCUCAUCAACAUGAAGAUGUCGGAGCUGUUGUGGGUGCUGAACAUGGUUAAAGGGUCAUAUAGGAGACUUCUUGUUUGUCAUAUUUUUAAAAGGGUUGGUUAUUGUAAUAUAGGUUUUUACGACUCACAUGAAAAGUAAAUUUUUCUCAACUGAUCUGAUUAAGAGAAAUCAAGCACCUUUUUUUCAGAGUUUGAAUGGUAUUGAGAGGGCAGUAACUGAAUGUGUUGCGGUUUUUCGUGACUAUUGGAAUGCACUUUAAUCGUCUCAGCUCACAUCUCACUGUUGGCAGGAGACGUUCAUUAGUGCAGAGGAGACAUAUUAACAGCUGUUGGAUCUGAUACAGGAAGGAAUCAUUUUGUGCCACUGCUCUGUCGAGGCCGAGCAUGGUCAUUGCAGCACUGAGAAGCAACGUCAAAACGUUACAAGAUUAGAAUUUUUAAAAAAUUAAAAAUCUUAGUUAAUUCUGGUUUAAAUUUGUUGUCAGCAUAACAUUUAAGCAUACUGUAAUUUACUGAUUCAAACAGAUCAGCUUUUCUGCUUUGAAGGUUUGAUAAAUGUGAGCCAGUGUGUUUUUUUUAUGAAUGUUUUCACAGUUCAUUACAGAAUUUAAAACUAAGUUGAAUAUUAUAUUCCACUCUCAAAGAGUGGAAGUAAAAUAAAGUCUCUAUAUUUGAGCUGUAAGAUAGCUUAUGUAGCUGUUGUACAUUUUGCCUAAUAAAUUUUAUAUUUAAUUCUC